AUGCUUCUCCUUGAGGCAUGGAGCAAGAGAACUUUUCUUCAAGUGCAGUUCCAAGCUCUGCCAAUAGAAACCACGAGGGGUAUCUUGAACCGCGGGCUGUUCAUUUGGAUGAAUGCCUUGUUCAUUCAAGGGUUUAGGAAGGCAAUAUCUUUUGAAGAUCUCGGCGCAAUCGAUAGCAAGUUCGACUCAGCUGCCAUUCAUCGACAAAUCCACGAUGAGUGGUCAAAGCAAGCCCGCCGAGUCAAAUGGCCUCUCCUCCGGACCCUAUGGAGAGCACUUCGAUGGUCUAUCUUGUCAACAGUACCGGCUCGGCUCUGCUACGGCGGGUUUCUCUUCGCUCAGCCGUUCCUCAUUCAUCGAGCCACUUAUUACCUAGCUCAACCACGGUCAGGAAAUGACUCCGGCUACGGUCUCAUAACGGCAACUGGUUGUAUCUACGUGGGAAUAGCGAUAUCGACGGCUCUCUACAAACAUCAAUUGUACUGUCAUAUUACCUUGGUCAGAGGCGCACUUGUUGCCCUCGUCUACUCCGAGACAGUCUCCAUGGAGCAAACCUUUGAUGAUCCAUCGGCCGUCCUGACACUUAUGAGCACCGACGUAGACCGGGUCUGCCAAAGCUUAUUUGCGCUUCCCGAUCUUUGGUCUCGCCCCUUGGAGCUGGUUGUUGGGACCAUUCUGCUGGCAUUGCAAAUCGGUUGGGUGUCCGUGAUGCCGCUAAUUGUUGUUUUCCUUAGCAUCACCGCCGAUUCUCGAGUCAUUGUGAUGAUAGGCAGAAAAGUCAAGACAUGGAACGACGCGGUACAACAAAGAAUCUCUUUAACCGCUGAGGUUUUGGGCUCCUUAAAGGUUGUCAAAAUCUUAGGACUCACCGGACCCAUACAUUUGAUGCUACAGAACGAAAGACUACGCGAGCUGCGCUUCCAAGCGAAGUUUCGUCACUCAACUGUCUGGCUGAAUACAUUGGGAAACGUGCCGCCCGCUCUUGCCGCGGCUGUGACCUUCAUCGCAUACGCAAUAAAAGCCAGACUUGAGGGUUCUGCCUCACUGAAUGCGUCUCGAGCCUUCACAAAUCUUGCUCUCAUCUCUUUGGUCAAUCCCUUCCGCCGAGAUCCUGACAGUUUAUCCCGCCGCAGCCUCAUGCAUUGGUUCGGAGAAGUUAAUGAAAUGAAUGCUCUGCCGAACAAGGAGAAUUCCGGAUUCCGUACCGUUCCCGAUGCCGCAUGCAUAUCCCGUUCCAAUACCAGAACGCUCAGCGGCUGUCAUGAUAUUCUUCAAAAUCUGGAUUCAAUCCUCCAACCCGGAUCCGUCAUCUUCAUUCUCGGGCCAAGCGGCUCAGAAAGACUAGUUAUGAAGGGGUUACUGGGACGAGACGGUCUUCUACGAAAGCUCCAUGCAACUGGAGUUAUUGUUGCUCAGACUUGGCGCUACGCAGAGAUUGCAGACUGCUUGAUCACGAUCGACAGCGAAAGAAAUGCCAGUUUGGUUCUAAAAACAACCAGACUGGACGACAGCAUUUUCAAGACUGAUGCGGAUCUACCUGCAAGCAUUGAAGAGUCGAACUCAACAGAUGAAAAGAACAAAACCUUUGAGGUUGUUACGGGGACUGAGUUCGCUGAGAAGCUUGCCCGCAAUGACAGUGACUUCUCAGACUGCGCUUAUUAUCUCAAAAGCAUGGGCUGGCUGUGGGUCGUUACAUUCUUCCUAUUCACCGUCGUCCAGACAAUUUGCUAUUACAUGUCCCAAGUCAUCCUACAAUGGUGGACCGCAGACGGUGGGCUGGACGUCGCGAAAUGGACAUCCCUCUAUUUCUUCCUGGCAUGUGGCAAUGCUAUAUUCUUCGGUCUUAUAACCUGGGUAAUGUUUCUCAAACUGGUGCCGGAGUCUGCUGUAAACUUGCAUCGAAUACUGCUGGAUACUGUAACAAAAGCGACUCUUUUGUUUCUCGCAAAGACCGACGUGGGCAUAUUGCUCAACAGAUUCAGCUAG